CCUCCUCCUCCUCCUCCUCCUCCUUUAUCCUCGUUCUCUCUCUGCUUUUAUCCAAGUGUUUGUGGCCCCCACAUUUUCACAGCGACUCUGAGCCGUGGAGCGUCACAUGUGAAUAUGAGCGUCCUUCCAUGCAGCUUCCUCUUCCUCCUCCUCCUCUGCUUCCCCGUCCUCGCUGAGGCCAAGCGGCAGCCCGGGCAGGGGAGACCUGACAAACCCCGCCAGCCUCCGUCUUCACCCCCACCGGCCAAGAGACCUAGAAAUCGCUCCGUGCCCGGCUCUGGGGAGCUGAGCACCAAGGAGGGACAUCGCUGCAUCUGGCAGACGUCUGGAGAGGGACUGGUGAGCCUGCUGGUGAACUGCAGCACUGAAACACUGGGAGAGCAGCAGAGGUAUUGGUGUCGUUACGCCGGUAAACCGGACCUGUGCCAGGCUUAUGGGGUAAAGUCCAGCCAGUACUGGAAGCAGCUCGUGGGCAAGCUGAAGAAGAGGCAGAAUGCCUGCGAAGGGGAGAAAGUCCUGAAAGCCAAAACCUGCAAGAAGGCACCCGCUGAGGCCCACAUGAAGCUUGCCCAACGCAAUGGAGAGGAGGAGAGGAAGGGAGGAAAGGAAGGUGGGAAGAAGAAAGUGGCGCCAGCCAGCAAGAGUUCAGAUGGAGGGAAGGCAGAAAGGAGAAAGAAGACAGAGGGGGAGGUGGAUGAGGAGAAGAAGAAGAGAGAAGAGAGGACUGGCUUUGAGGAGGAAGGAGUGAUGAACGACAUGGAGCCCGCGCAGACAUACUGCAGUGAGGGAUGGCACUCUGUCUGCUCAUUCUUUGUCAAGUUUUUUGAGGGUUGAUGGGAAAUUAUGAGGGAAACACAGAGCUAAUUUUUGCUAAAUGGUGCGAGUUCACAAUCUAAAAAGAAUCAAAAUGUUUUUUUAAUCACCAGGCACCUCAUUUAUAAUAAAUAUUUUUUUAUUUUUUAUUUUCAACUUUGAGCUGUAGAAGUUAAAAGUUCUUUAUAUCACAUUUCAAAUACCACUGAAUAUUUGAAGUCAGGUUUAGAUGAAAACUUUGACUUGGAUUUGGUUGUAAAACUAAUUAUGAACUUUUUAACAAAUGAAGCCCCCUGGCAUCUAAUUUGCAACUUUAUAGUGGAACGAUAAUUAAAACCUGGCAUUCUGAAUUAUAUAAUGGAAUCAAACCCAUCCAUACUGAAUGACAGCUAUAAUUCAUUAGAAACAUCCCUCCCAGUCAGAAUCACAGCUGCUGUAACUUCACAGUGGAAAGAAGGAAAAUGAAUCCAGUUGUAUUUGAGUUUCGUUUGUAUGAAUUGAGCAUAUUUAGCUUUGGGAUGUGUUCUGUAAUAUAAAGGUUGUUGUAGUUCAGUUUUUUCUGUAGAAAUGUUGAAUCAGAUGAGAAGUUGAGCUGUGUAAUGUUGUAAUUGUCUGACUAACAAAUCAAUAAAAACAAUGUUUUAGUGGACAACAAUCAGUUAGUGAUCAUCGAUGAUGAUGGCGAUGAUGAUAGUAGUAAUUCUAGAUGAAUAGGUGUGUUGUUUAUCCUUAUUUUGUGAUGUGUAACUAAUAUUUUCUAUAAAUUUUCUGUAACUUUUGUAAAAAACAAACAAACAAACAAACAAAAAACAUUCUGGUUUCUGUUUGACUUGUGUCAGUUAGACCUGUGUGACAUUUUUUAUAUUUUUUGAAAUGUUAACACUGUUUGUGGAAUUCUACAAUAAAAACAAAGUGCUUGAAAUAAAUAAA